UUGUAUUGUGGGCGAUGACGCAUGCGUCACUUGGCACCGCCUAUGUCCGGGAAGAAGUCGCCGCAACCGUCAACACAAUCCCCAGCUGCCGUUGUGGAGGAAGCUCUCACCGUUGGGAGUAUUACCGUUCAGUUGAGCAGCUGGUAAGAGCUGACUGGCUUGAAUCAGACUGAACAGAGUCAGUCAUGGUUGCCUCUACUCUCCUCCUCCUGAGCCUUGGCCUUCUAACUGCUCAAGCUCAAAAUUGUUCCAAGCCUGUUGGAGGACCCAACAUGGAUUUGAGUGACAACGACAUUCUUUUAAACACAUUCCCAGAUGGACACAAAGCUUAUUUUCGCUGUGAUGUGGGCUACACUUCUGCAGGAGGGUCUAAAGUCAUCAUUUGUUCAGCUGGGAUUUGGAGUCCUGUGCUGCUUAAAUGCGAGAGAAAGAACUGUGGCUCAGCUGGAGUAGUGGAUAAUGGAGAGAUUGACUACCCUAAUGGAGCACUGUUUAGUGACAAAGCUGUGAUCACUUGUAAUGAAGGUUAUAUAUUGGUUGGUAAGAGAGAGAUCACCUGUGGAGACCAAGGUUGGAUGGACAGGUUACCUGUAUGUGAAGUGUUGAAAUGUGAUCCUCCAGCUGACAUUGCGGAUGGCAAAUUCAGUCCAAACAAAGAGUCCUAUGAAUACCGUGAAGUUGUACAGUACAGCUGUAGAAAUGACUAUACGCUCCAUGGAUCAAAAUCAUUAUCAUGUUCUGAGAAUGGAACAUUCACACCUGCUCCUCCAACAUGUACCAAGGUUGAAUGUAAAGAUCCUAAGAUUGAAAAUGGCAUGUGGAAAGAAGGUGCUCGACCUCCAUACAGGCACGGCAGUGCAGUGACACUCCAGUGCAAUUCUGGAUACAUUAUGAAAGGAGCACCUUACCUGACAUGUGACAUAAAUAGUCUGUGGUCUCCUGGACUUCCACAAUGUACACCGGUUGAAUGUAAAGAUCCCAAGAUUGAAAAUGGUGAUCGGAAGGAGGGUUCUCAACCUCCAUAUAGACACUCAUCUAUGGUGACGUUCGAGUGCAAUUCUGGAUAUGUUAUGAAAGGAGCAUCUAUCCAGACAUGUGGCAUAAAUGGCCUAUGGUCACCUGGACUACCAGAAUGUAAACUGGUUGAAUGUAAAGAUCCCAAGAUUGAAAAUGGUGAUCGGAAGGAGGGUUCUCAACCUCCAUAUAGACACUCAUCUAUGGUAACGCUCGAGUGCAAUUCUGGAUAUGUUAUGAAAGGAGAAUCUACCCAGACAUGUGAAAUAAAUGGUCUAUGGUCACCUGGACUACCAGAAUGUAAACUCGAUGACGGUAAAGGCGGUGAUGGUAAAGGCGAUGGCCAUAAUGGCAGUGACGUCGGUAAAUCCGUGGGAAUAGCUUUCGCAGUGCUUGCGCCUAUUGCUGCGGUAGGCCUUUUUUUCAUCUACAAAAAGAAACGCUCUCGGAAACACAAAACUGUCAAAGAGGCUCCAAAAGCAGGAGAGGAUGUAGCGCUCUCGUAAACAUCGCAGUCCUGUUGGUCCAACAUUGCUGGCUGUAAACAUGGCUUCUUGAGAAGAGGCAUGUCCCUGGACCACUCUUUGAAUGUAGGUGCCCUCCCUGUGCAACGUGGAUGGCAGGAAUUUGUGAGAUCCUUUGAAUGCCAGUCUGAGACUUUGAAACCGUUGCAGAUUUAGGUCAAUCCUUUUAGCUUAUGUUGUAAGUGGCUUUUCUGAGUAGUUCAAAAAUAAUAGCCACCUCUUGUUUUCCAAGCAUUGAUGAUGUUUUGAGUUUUUCAGUUCUGGAAAUUAUGAAGGAGUGGAAUUUCAUGUUUAUCAGUGAAGCUUAAACGCUGCAUUGAUUUUAUAUUUUGCACUAUAACACAGAGCACAUCUGAGCUUGGCCAUUGCCUUAAGUCUGCAAAAAUCAUUGUUCUUUCAUAUAAAUUGUUAGGUAUACAAAAAAAGCUGUUUUAUUUUAAUGCUUAAUAACUAGGUGGAUGCCCUGAUAAUACUCCCUUACAUUGGAAAUUUCACCAUUGGUUUAGCUGUAAUUGAAAUGCUUGAUGCCACAGAAAAGUUUUGUAUGUAAAGAAGAGGCUCUUAUGUUAAAAACCAGUGCAUCAAUCUUUAAGAUUAAACUUCCAUCACCAUAGAGGAAACAUUAGGGUCUGCAAAACAGUCCCUAGCAUAGUGCCUGAACGUAUGUUAUAUUUAAUGUCUUAAUGCAAAAAGUGUUUCAGUGUGUUGUGUCUUAACUGUGUAUUUCUUUGAAUUGCACAAAUGUUAACUAGCUUUAGCCUGAUGUUUAUACCACAAGUUACCCAUAGUUAAUGCUGGGUUUUUGUGCGGUGUAGUUCUACCAAAUUCAAUAAUGGUACGUGUCCACAGGGGGCUUUUUUGGAUGUGAGGAGUCAUGUCGCUUCCAAGCUUUAAAUGUUUGAUAGAAAUGCAGCUAGGUAGCGUCAUGAUAGAUGACUGACAGGUAGCCAGUACAGGCCAAACCCUCCUAUAACAGCGCAAACACUGGCUGCAGCUGACUGGACAGACACUAGACGUGUAGACCGUCAGCUCCUGGAUUUCAGACAGGCUGCUGGAUGCCUCUGAUUUACAUUAAGUAGUCUAGAACUUGCUGCUUGCGUAGACAAUGAACAGGAAGCGCUGAAAUGAUAGUUCUUGUGGAUUCGUACCAUAAAUUUUCAUGGACAAAGAAAAUAAUUAUCUUUAUUUAAUAAUAUAAAUUCCGGUUUUAUGCCGUCUAAAUUAUUAUUCUUGUAGGUAUUUCACAUUCAGUGCAUCAGGCUUUGUGUUAUUUUUUUCAUCACUAACUGUCCAGGGGAUGAGAAACUUUGUUAACAUUAGGACACAAUGGUAUGGUGUGUGAGUGUGGUUACAAGUUGUGGAGAACGUAAUUUCUGACAAAUUUUGCACUUUCUUUUCUUUCUCUUCAUUUAUUAAAUUUAAAAAAAUGUCAUAUCAAGCCCCCCAAAUGUCACUGAGGUUUCUUUUAAGGAGUAAAUUUGUGUUUCCUUGCAAUAUCUCUUAUAGUUUUCUGAUCCAGUCCAAUUAUAACACACUGUCAGUUUAGGUAAACACUCUGCAUAUAGUAGCAAAGAGGGCAAAUGAUGUGACCCUUUACAUGAUGCCUUUAUUGCUUACUGUGUAUCUUAAAAGGCCAGUUUUCAGCAGUAUCCAGCUGCUGGUUGUGGCUGUGAAGGUAAAGUUAUGGUCGGAUAUAUGGUUGUUGUAGUUCAAUCUACGGUGCCAUAUGUCCAGCUGUUACUAUUUUGUGCAUGUAUGACAGAUGAGUGCAUGCUACUGUUGUAUGUAGUCAGUAUGGCGGACAUUAAAAACGAAUAUCUCACAGCCAUUAUUGUAACAAUGGCUGGAGGUGCAGCUAAAGCCAGUGAACGAGCUCCUCUGGUUUCCCUUUUAACCCCCUAAGACUUGGUGUCUACAUAUGCUCUUUUUCCCCCAAAAAGAGCUUAUUGUUCAUAUUAAUAAUAACAAUAUAAUAAUCAGAUGUUAUCUUAUUAUUGUUUGAUUACUCCUUAUUCCCAAAUCAGUAAAAGACAUCUAAAAUGCAAGCCCAGCCAAAGCUCGGGUCUUAGGAGGUUAAUGCAGUGCUGCAGACUUGCAUUCAAAUAGCCACAGCUGAGGCUGCACUGACUCUCUGUAUUUGCAGCCGCCAACUACAAGCUACAUAUGUAGUAAUAAUAUGUAUUAAAGUUGAGCUCAUACACUUGUAAUUGCAGGUCGUCUGUGCGCCAUCAGCUGUGUCAGCUUGUUACAGUUAUGGCUGUGACAUUCACUUUUUUUAAUGUUUGUAAUGCUGAUUACAUGCAACAGUGGUAGUUUUGCUUGUGUUGUAUUGAAGCUACUGCAUUCCUGAACUGCUCUAUAAACUAACACAUCUGUCACAAAAAGUAACAGCCGAGACUUAUCUAUAGCACCAAAAACAUCAACCAUCUAUUCAGGUGCAACUGUGCUCACAGCCAGCAGCUGGAUACUGUCAGACUGGCCUUUUAAAAGACAUAAUGAGCAAUACAUGCAUCAAGUGUCACAUUAUCUGUCUUUUCCAGAGUGUUUCCGUAAACUGACAUUGUAUUAUUAAUAGACCUGUCCAACACUGUGUUUGUAUGGAUCAGAAGGAAUGAAAAGUGUAUUGCAAAGUAACACAAAACUAUUGCAAGGGGAUGCAAAGCAAAAAAAAAAAAAAUCUUGCUGGCACCCUUGCGGUGCUCUGUAGCGUCAGAAUAUCUACGUUUUUGUAUUGUUUUGAAGCAAGUAAAACUGUGUUUAUACUGGCCCAACAUUUUGUAUUGAAUGAAUGAAAUAAAACAAGAGAAACAAACA